AUGAUUUCCAUAUCAUUCCAAACCCCCGAGAAGACCAACGAUGAGAACAAACCUCUUCCUCGGACUCCUCGAACGCCCAACUCACAUAAAGUUCAGGAUUUGGGACGAACAUCUUCUCAAAAGAAAGCUCGUCAACUCUUUGAUAGCUUAAGAAGCUUGAAGACACGCGGGAGAUCCAGCGGUGAUGUAGAAGACGAGUACGACCAGUCUUCUGGCGCUGGUAGUCCCAUUCGCCGCAGAAAUUCGACAUGGGACCUUUUCGGAACCAUUCGCUCCAAAAAAUCUUGUGAAUUCGGUACUCCUGAAAAUGAAAGACCUCUCACCACAACCCCCUUCAGAUCAGGAGUGCAAAUUAAUGAGGCUUCGGAACUGCUUCCAAGAAGACGAAAGAGUAUUGUUAACAUCCUCGGGUCUAUCUCUAACAAGGUAUCUCCUAGACGUGGUACAAAUUUACGAGAAAACACGCAUGGCGAAGAAAGCUUGCCAGAGCAUUGUGAAGAGGAUGUAUUUGCAGAGAAAUUAGCAAAAGAGUUGGUAGACUUGAACGCUGACAGCCUGAAUCUUACACAUACAUCAGAGUCCAGUGGAAAAUCAAGAUUUCCAAGUAAAAGAUUAAGAGGAGUAUACGAUCUGGAAUCCAGUCAUGAUAAAAUAAUCGAAAAUUUUAAACAUCAACAACUCGAUGAUCUCCUCAAUGGUCGAGAAGGUAACGACGCAAACAGUUGGACAAGUCAAGCGCAGACACUUCAGGAUGAAAAAUUCGCAGAACAAACGGCCAGUCGAACGCCGACAAUAGACGGGGACAGAUCAAAAACACCAGACUCAUACCUUUGCUCAAUUAUCAAGUCCUUUGACGAUUACAAUCGUGAAUCAACAGUUCCCAAGGAAAAAGGAGCAGCAGUUUCGCCUUCACCAUCCCCUGAAAAGCUACAUCCAACCAAGCCCGUUGAUUUUCUAAAGGAUUUGAGCCCAGAUGUUAUCUAUGAAUGCCAUUCAGGUCCAACUAAUCAUUCCAUGGAUAUAAAUUCAUCAAUCGGUUUCAACACAGAAAAGCCCAAAACGCCGGAGAAGAUAUAUGAACAACCAAUAAUCACGAUUCGAAAAGUGACAUCUGAUUCCGAUUCUGGCUUGGUUUUUGAAGAUUCAAUAGCUCCGUCACCACCAAUGUGGCUAGACGUAGUGAAAUCUGAAGAUGCGAUGCUGAACAGCAGAGCAAGACUCCCUUAUCAAUUUUCGGGAAAACAUGUUCACGAACUUGACGCUGUUUCUGUAGCUGAUAUUGAAAAAGGAAAGAGUUACCGUCAAAACUUAGAGGCGUCUCCUUCAAACACCGAUAAAUCAGAUCAGCAGAGAAUUGCUCGCAGUAUAAAGCAGACUGUAGAUAAAAUGACGGAAAACCUGCAUCUAACAUCCUUCUCGGAAGACGAGCUAGAAAACUUGGACGAGGUUCCUUUGAAGGAAGAGAGUUAUCCAAGUGGACUUGAAGAUAAACAUGGCAUGAGCUCUGAUCAGAACCUGGACAAUUUUCCAAAUAUGGUGGAGGAUCUUUACAACAGUGCCAUUGGGCACGCAUCAGCCGGUAAGAUGAUACGCGAAAACAUAAGCUCAUUCAACAAUCAGGAGUUCUUGAUGGGCCCUAUAUGUGUCAGGUAUCCUCAAUCAGAGACAAAGUGGCGCCGUGCGCAACACUUUCCAACAGGAAACCUAGCCCUUUCGGACAUACGAGAGCAAAACAAGGGCGAAUAUUCGGAUACAAUAACAUAUUGUCCAGAAGAAUCGUGUGUCUAUGUUCAUCCAUGGGGAAAGCUCCCUAAGCCUCCGACAAAUCUCACUGUUCGUGUUAAAUACCCUGAAACAAAGACCAGAUGGGCUCGAACAAAAAUUUACGACAACGGCGAUCUCGCGAUAGCUGACAUGAACCAGGAAAACCGUGGCGAGUUCUCGGAAAUCAAGUACGAUGCUUUCGAACGCUGCUUCCAUAUUUACGCCCGGGGUGAUGUCGUAGAAGCGCCGAGUUGUAUGGUUCGCGUUGAUUAUCCAGAACCGAAGACUCAAUUGACUCGAACACAGACUUACAGCAAAAAAGGUCUCAUAAUGGCCGAUAUGUGUAAUCAAAGCCAUGAAUGGGUUCCAGAAGUUAGAUACAAUGCCUCGGAACACGACCUCCCGCCUUUCGGCUCGUGCAAAGCUUUAGGUCUGUCCCAAAGUUGGGACGGUGUGAAUUUUCCCGAACCAGAGAUCGAGGGGAAUCUUCGUGUUGACUACACAGAAACAGGGAACAGAUUGACCGAAACACAAAUGCGCGAGAAUGAGGAAUUUGCCGAAACUGACAUUCCGUUUUUAAACAGUGACGAAAAUUCCAGAUUUUCCUACAGUUCACCUGAACGAAGAUCACAUGUCGAUGCUCAGCCUGCAGUUAUUGAGCCGUUGUACAGAACACGCGAGCCUGCAUGGAGGCCGACACUAUCGCCACUUGGUGAUCAGGAUGAGAAUGAGCAAGAUCUUCCUGACUUUUCCGAUUUAGAAAAUGACUUCCAAAUUGUUUCCACGGAAUCACUUCGAAGCUCUUCCCCUGGUAUACAAUCACAGGAGGGUGCAGAGGACGUGAUUGACGAUGAAAAUUCUGGUAGCAAUGAAAUGAGUCUCUGUGUCGAAGCCGGGACUCCUCAAAAGUUUAAUAACGACUUUGUUGCUGAGCUGUUCAUGGGAAACCACACUGAUAGCUCUACGCCGGCUUUCAGAGGCUCCAAGCAAAUCCUCCAGUAUUUGGACAGUCUUGAUAGUAAGAAUUCCACCAGCAAGGACUCACAUGCCAAAGAUGACCUCCAGUCAAAUUGCAGGACUGCAACAAAGGCCUGGGCCGAAUCUGAAAAUGCCAAUGGAAACGCCAAUUUCACUGGUCAAACUUCUCAAGACGUUCAAGAUAUGGUAGACAAACUUUUUAACGAAGCCACUCGCAGCAUAUGGCUUGAUGACUCUUCUGACAAUGAAAGCACAUCCGAAGGGAUUGAGACUUCCGAAGAAGAUAGAAAGGUUACAAAUCCCUUCUUCGUCGAAAGGCAAUUUCCCCAAUUUUCCGGCGGGCUUGGCGACGAUAAAGUUCGUAGAGCUUCAGCUUCCGACCAGUUUUCAGGGAAUCGAGAGGGUAUUGACUCCAAAAAGGAAAAUGCAAGUGAGCAUAUCAUCCUCGACUUUGACAUAGAUACGCCACAUGGGAGAGAGCGUUCAAAUGCAAUUUCUGGCAAAUGCCCUUCAAUGGUUGUGCCCUCAGACAAGUCGAACGAGAGUAUAUUCAUUCUUCCUAUGGAAAGUGUUGAUCUAUACGAGGAGAACGCAGGUUGCGGCGAUCCAAUAUCAGCCCGAUCUAGUGAAAUUGACCAAAAAAUAGCUGCGUUUUCUGCCGAUGCUGAUCUGACUGUCAUGGUUCCGGAAUCCACCCAUACUUCGGAUAAUUACAAGAACGAGACUUAUCCUUGUAGCAUGGAUUCGACCAAUAUAAUUCUCGAAAGUGAAGCAGAGCUAAGCAUUGUUAAACCAGGACUUUGGGCUGGUACUUGUACAAAGGCUGAAAAUGCUCGCAUUGCAUCCGCAUGUGGAGCAUCAUAUGCAUACGGCCAAUCAGGCCCUGAAAUCUUAUCUGCAUCAAUAUCCAAGCCGGAGGAAGAAAUACCAUUAUCUGAUACAAAAAACGAUGGGUCGAAGGAUUGCCUAGAAGAGAAGGAAAACACAAUCAAGGACAUCAAUCUUCGUAUAGAAACAGUGACGCAAGAAUAUAUAGACCGCGAGGUUCGUCCGCUGCUAAACAAAGGAACUAAUUCAAAGCGAGUCCCCACAUUAGUGAACAUAUUCCACGCUCGAGGAAUGAUGUCCCCAAACUCAACUCGUCCAUUCUUAAACCGAUGUUCAUCUCCGCUACAACCCAUCACUAGUCCUAAGCGAGCAGAAACACCAACUCAAUCGCCAAGAAUCGUAACACCAUCGGGACAAGUAUAUAGUCCAGCGAAGGAGGAACAGAAAACUUCGAAUCCUAUUCAAAGAGUUCAGACACCGGGAAAUUCUCUAACUGAUCUCUUUGGUGUGGAUCUGAGUGGGGAUGAAACGGAUAUUAGCGAGGAGUUUGGGGAAAAGUUGGUCAAGAUGGAGGUUAGUAAGUAUUGUUUGAGGGAUAGUCGGGAUUCAUCUUUAGAUGAGAGUGCUUGA